GUAAUAUUUCCCUCCAUGGUUGGAAUUUAAAAAGAAAAAAACAAGAGAGGUAAUUAUAGGAAAGUUGCCCCUGAAGAUAAAGAAUAAAUAAUAUUCGAAUUAAUAAAUGGAUUUAAAUCUGCUUCAGAAUUAUCAAGACUAUAUGGUAUCCCCAUAUCAACGAUUAAAUCAUAUCUAAAAUCGAAAGAACUCAUGUACACUCCAUUAGUAUAAUCUAUUUCAGAUUCAUUAUAUUAAUCAGUUGACAUGUGGUUUUAAAAUUUAAAUGAGAUGAAGGAUGAUAAAGAAAGAAAAAAGCUUAUUAGACGAUAUAUAGUAAACGAAGAAUUGUUUUAAUAUAAAGAUACUAACCCAUUUAAGAACUAAAUACCUCCCACUAAAAUAUUUUCUAAAAAGUCGAGGAUUAUCCAAGAAGUUAUUGACAAUGCUAUAAGUUAUUUUAAUGAUUUAUAAAGAUAAGGUAAUGCAUUUUUGAAUUAAAUAGAUCUAGUUUAUAAUACUAACUAAAUAGAAUAAGACUUAUACAAUACUGUUUAAGAUUAGAUUGAAAUUGAAUACGUUUAAUAAACUUAGGAAGAUUAAAGCUAACAGAAUAAUGAAGAUUAAACCUAAUAAAAUCUAACUAUUUAACUAUUUGAUGAAAGCCAAGUUAGCUAGUUUUCCAUUUUCUUGCGGGAUUCCAACUUUGAUUGAUGAUUUUUUAUAAAAUAUCAAACACGUAAC